AUGGGCAUUUUGAAGGUCCUUUUUCACUUCUUCAUCUUUCCUGUCAUAUAUGCCUCACAUGAUUGCCAAACUUCUAUCUGUGGCAACGAUAGUAUCCUUAUUCAUUUCCCCUUUCAACUAGAAGGAGAGCAACAUCCUUAUUGUGGCUAUCCUGGUUUCAAUUUAAUUUGUAACAAUGAUAACAAAACAGUUCUAAAACUUCCUUACUCUGGAGAAUUCUUUGUACGCGACAUAAACUAUCUCAAACAGCAGAUACAUGUCUACGACCCUGAUGCUUGCCUUCCAAAACGUCUUCUGAGCCUCAAUUUUUCAGGUUCUCCCUUCAUUGCCACUUCUUGUCGUAACUACACCUUCUUAAGCUGCCCAUAUCUGAACGCGGGGUCACAAUUCAUUCCUAUUGAUUGCCUCAGUAAUUCAACAAAUUUCGUAUCAGCUAUCCCUUCAGAGAACUUGUCCAAUUCAUUGCCUGUGUCUUGCUAUGUUAUUAGGAGUCUUUCAGUUCCUGUUGCAAGCCCGGGACAGUAUGAGGAAAACCUCAGAGAUGAACUUAGUCAAGAUCUUCGAUUAACAUGGAAUACACCUGACUGCAGAUAUUGCGAAUCACAAAUGUGUGGAUUUGAAAGCAGUAACAGCAAUCAAGUUUUCUGUUUCUCUAAUUACCAAAAAGGUAAUUCACAACGUGGACUUCAAGUUUUUAGAGUCAUAGCAUUAUGCAUAGCUGGACCAGCUGCUAUCUUUGCUAUUGUGAUGGCAAGCUGUGUGUGUUACAAUGAUGGAAUAGCCAAUGCUCGCAGAAAUGGUACUUCCCAGAGGUCUGCAAUAUCACCUCAACCUGCCAUUGUUACUACGGGUCUGGAUGAGUCAACCAUUGAGUCUUAUGAGAAGCUAGUAAUUGGGGAGAGUCGAAGGGUUCCUGGACCCAAUGAUGGAUCUUGCUGGAUAUGCUUGUCAGAGUACAACAGCAAAGACACAAUCAGAUGCAUUCCUGAAUGCAAACAUUGUUUCCAUACUGAUUGCAUAGAUGAGUGGCUUCGCAUGAACAGCACAUGCCCAGUUUGCCGCAACUCUCCCACCCCUUCUCCUGUUCCUGUUAUACAUGUAUCCACCAAUGUCAUUCAUUAA